CAGCCACUGCAACAACAACAGAACUAUUUACCUCAAACAUCUUUGCUGAAAAUUGAACCAUUCGUUCCUAGUUUUAAUCAACGUCUACGUCGUCGUCCUAUUGGACGCUCACAUAGCACACUUAGCCACAAUGUUAUACAAAAGCGCGUGGCGGCAGGCGCAGGAUUAGGAGCGGGAGGAUUGGGUGGAGCAGGAGCUGCACAGCCGGAGCUGCUGGUGGGACAUGGACAACUCAAGCGCAGCUAUGCAGCUGCCGCACAGUUGCGCAACCAGCAGCGUCUGCAACGUGUCGCCGUCAGCCGACAACGCUCCAAGUCCACCUCAUCCUCGGCUGCCUCCAACAGCUGUCGUCCCGUCACCUCGAUGGGCGGUGCUGCUCCCGUUGCAGGUGCCGUUAGCGGCGCAGUUACGCCCACCACGCUGGUGGGCAGCACGGGUGGCACUCUAGUGAGUGGUGCAAUUGUGACACCACAGCCGAAUGGCAUUUGUCGCAUUCAGCGGUUGGCCAAGGAGCGGGAGGAGCUGCCGGAUCGCAUUAACUAUGAUCGACGUGGUCUAACUGCCAUACCCAUAUUCGAGCAGGAGCCUAAUCUUCGCCUGCUCUCGCUGCAACACAAUCUGAUCAACACCUUUCACAUACCCAAGGAGCUGCCACCACCGCCACCGCCGUUGCCACCGACAGCAGCAACAGCAUCCGGAGCUGCUCCACAAGCCACACCUCGAGACAACAGUAAUGUAAUGGUAACUUAUCUUAAACUUUCAGGGGAGCAGCGUGCACUGCGAGCUCAUGCCACGAACCAGGCGCCGUCCAGACUGACACGCGCCAUGACAAAUGCGGGAGCUAAUCCUCACCACAACUCGCAGCACCUGAACUCAUCCAACUCGGGCAGUCCCUGCUCCGGCAGUCCGCUGACCACCCAAGCACUGGCCAUCAAUGGCGGCUCCAAUCGCUCCAAGUUGGCCAAUAAGCGUGGCUUUAACUAUGCCCAGGCUCAGUUGACGCCUCCGCCGGCGCUGCGUCUGCGCUUUGGGCUGGAAAAGUCCAAGAGCUUUGUGUCCAACAGUCUGCAGGCCAUGAAGCAUCAACAACAGCUCAUGCAGCGUCGCCAGCUGCUCAAGGCUGCAGCAGGAGGCGUCGCGGGAGGCGGGGGCGUGGCAGGAAGUCAUCAGCUGCAGAGCUGCGAUGAGAGCAGCGUGCUCCACAGCAGCACACUCUCGCUGUGCGGCGUCGGGGAGGAGGAGGAGCCCAGCAUGACGUCCAGCUUGCAGCUGGAGCAGCUGAGCAUCAAGAACAAGCAGCUGAGUCUCAGCGCCUGCUAUGGCAUCAUCUUCCAUCAGUUGGUCUUUCUCGAUCUCUAUGAUAACCAAAUUGAGAGGAUUGCCAAUCUCGAUGGACUGCCAUCGCUGUCAGUGCUGCUGCUGGGCAAGAAUCGCAUCCAGGACAUUGCCGGCUUGUCCUCGUUGAGUCCAACUUUGCGUGUCCUCGAUCUUCACGGGAAUAAGUUGACCAGUCUGGGGAAUCGCAUCAACUGCCUGCAGCAACUGAAAUCCCUGAAUCUGGCGGGGAAUCAAAUCCGUCAGAUCAAUCAACAGGAUUUCCAUGGCUUGCGUUUGCUGCGGGAAUUGAAUCUGAAGCGGAAUAAGCUGCGACGCAUCAAUGGAUUCCAGCAUCUGGUGGCGCUGGAGCGGCUUUGGCUGUGCCACAACGAACUGCACAAGGUGGACGACAUGGCGAGCAUUGCGAGAGCUGCUCGUCUCCAGGAGGUGACCAUUGAGAACAAUCCCGUCUCGCUGGCCGGGGAUUGUGUCUCGUUUCUGGUCUCCCAUCUGCCGCUGCUGCAGUCGCUCAGCCAGAUGCCCAUCACGGAGCAGGUGCGUCGGGCGGCGCUCGCCUGGCGUCAGCACAAGGAGCACGCGCUGGCCACGCACGGCAGCUCGGAUGCCUAUCACAGCAGCCGGCGGGAGGAGGUCAUCUCGAAUGCCCGCACCAAUUGGGAACUGCUGCGUUCCCAGCAGACGCUGGGCCGGCCCAAGGGUAAGCUCACCAGCGAGCUGGCCAAGAUCAAUGAGUCCAACGAGGCGGCGGUGUCCGAGGAGCCGGAGGAGCUGGAGAAACCGCCAGCCAGAGAUGAGCUGGCCGAGCUUCAGGCGCUGUUCAAGCUGCCACCAAUUGUCAAGAAGCCGGAGGGCGAGGAGGAUGCCUCCUCGGAGGCUUCCAGCCUGGGACCCAAUGUGGACUCCUGCUCCAGCUGCUACAGCACGGACAACGAGGAGCUGGGCAAGCAGCGGAAGUCACCCACGCCACAGAUCGAUGAGAAUUGCAACAAGCUAAGUCCUUCUUCUCCUGCUGCAGUUGCUCUAGUUGCUGUUCCCGCUGAACCCGCAACUCCUUCACCCUCCCCACCAGCUGUGACACUGACGCCGCCGGCUCCUGGCACACCUGUGCCCGCUGCCACGUCCACACCGCCGCCCAGCACCGUGACUCUUCCCCUGCCCGCCGCCGCUGCCGCCAGCACGCGUCCUGGGAGCAGCAAGCAAAGGAUUCGCCAGGCGCCCAUCACACAGCUGGGAUUGCAGGUGAACCGAGGAGCAAAUCCGCCCAGCUGCAAGCGCUACAUGGCCGGUAGUCUGGUCAGAUCCCAGACCAUCAGCAGCAGCAGCACCAGCAACAGCAGCAGCUCCAACAGCGCUGGACGUGGCAGGACCAACAACAACAACAACAACAACAACAACAACAGUAACCAGAACAACAACUCCAAUCAAUCUGCAGCCAAUGUGGUCUCCUUGGUGGCUCCACAGAGCAAAUCCAAUCAGCAAUCCUCGACAGCGUCAUCCAUUUCUGCCCCCAGUGCCACGCCCACUGCGGCGAUAACCGUCACGAAGCCAAGUGCCGCGGAACGGGAGCGGGAGCAGGGUGGAGAUUAUCUCAUAGAGAUCUGCGGCAGAUAUCUCAACAUUUAUGGCCAGGGAGCACUGAGAUUCAUCGACAAGCAAUGGAAUCCGGCCAAGGCGAAUGAUGUGCACACCUUGAACUUCAGUUACAUCAAUUUCAACAGCAUUGUCUGCAUUCUGGGCAGGAUUAAGGUGCGUUUCCCCCACGCCGAGCACUUUGUGUUCCGCGAGACAAACAUCAGCACGUUGGGACAACUGAAUGCUCUGGCGGAGCUCCAAGGACUCAGUUCUCUGCUGAUUGAUGCGGAGGGCAAUGCCAUCACUGGGAAGCCCGCCUGGCGUGCCUAUGCCAUCUACAGACUCUCCCACUGGGGAUUGAAGCAGCUCAAUGGCCAGGAGAUCAGCGAAUCCGAGGUGGAGUCCGCCAAUGCCAUGUACGCAGGUCUCUCCAAUCUCGUGCUCUGGUCCAUGCCCGAUGGCAUGCUCCAGCCGCUCCUGGCUCGUCUGCGUCUAGACGAGACCUGCACGGCGAGCAAAAUGUCGCCCAAGGAUUGGCUGCUGCGUGCCGAGAACAAAUCCCUGCGUCUGGUCGUCGGCAAGGAGGCGCUGCAAUGGAAGAAGGCAACCACAACGACGACAACAACAACGGCGACUGUGGCAGGAGCAGAGAAUGGAGCCACUGCGAUGGCGCCCAGUGCCAGAGAUCGGGGCAGACAACACUUCUCGCUGCUGCUGGAGAACACCUGCAAUGCGGUGGAGAAGCUACACAAGCUGGAGACGCUCUGGCCAAGCAUGCUGUUGGAUAUUGUGCGGAAUACUCUCUUGGAUUACGCCCAGCUGGAUGUCUACCUGCGGAAUCUGAUGGCGGAGCUGAUGAAAUGAGGUGAUCCUGCAGAGAAAAACCAGCUGAGGAUCAUUUUGAGCUGAUGAUCCUUCAGAAAGAAUCUAUAGAUUGAUGUUGUAAAGAAGCAAUCUAGUAUAACUCCGCUACGGGAAACUGUGAUCCUCAAGAGCAACUACGAGUUGAGGAUCACUUCGAGAUAAUGAAGUAAAGUAACAACCGCUUUCUGUCCACAUUGAACUGUGAUCCUCAAGAGCCACCAUGAGCUGAGCACUAAAGUGUUAUCCCACAGGAAAUGGUCAUCCUCCAGAGCCACAUCAAGCGAAGGAUCAUUCCUGUUUUGUAGAGGAUUCUUAGACUUAAUCGCUUUUAGUGGAGAAUUUGCUGCACAUUCGGCACAUAAUCCUAAAUCCAAUGAUCCCCUAGGCAUUUAAGCAUAAUUCCAAUCCAAUCCAAUCCAAUCUUGUAAAGCAACAAGCAUGAAAGUAGUCCAAUUUUUAUAUAUAUUUAACAUUAAACUUAAAUAACAAAUAAAGAUAAAUCCCAAACUA